UCCGCUUGCUCCAAACAUGCGCCAGUAGUACAAGUAGCUAACGUAAGCUUUCGCAGGAAUUCGCAAAGAUAAAUUUUUUAGGGCUUACCGAACGGGAGCUCGGGUUUCUGUAAUCGGAGGCGAUCGUAGUUGGAUUUGCUUCUCUUUCGAAAAUGGAUGAUCCAGAGCUGGAAGCCAUCAGGCAAAGAAGAAUGCAGGAAUUAAUGGCACAACGUGGCAUUGGGAAUCAACAAAACACAGAGCAGCAGAAUGCACAGGAUGAUGCCAAAAGGGAAGCAGAGGAACGGAGGCAAUUGAUACUUAGUCAGAUUUUGUCAUCUGAAGCAAGAGAAAGAAUUGCUCGGAUCGCAUUGGUGAAACCUGAGAAGGCAAGAGGAGUUGAGGAUGUUCUGCUUAGAGCUGCUCAAAUGGGACAGAUAGCUGAGAAGGUUUCUGAAGAGAGGUUGAUAUCUUUGCUUGAGCAGAUUAACAAUCAAACAAGCAAACAAACUAAAGUUACAAUCCAGAGGCGUAGGAGUGUUCUCGAAGAUGAUGAUUAGCCACAUUUGAGAUAAGAUGACUAUGCUAAACAUAUGGUUGUAAGAACUCUUCGUAAAUUUAUUUGCUCUGUUAUGUGACCUUGCUACUUUCAAAUGAUUGGGGCCAUAAAGCGUAUCUGACACUGAAUUUGAGUGAGUGUACAACCCUGUCUAUCCAUAUUGGUUCAAAUGUGCAUCUAUUAUUCCAAUGGCGCACAGGUGCAGUGCUUGAAGAUUUUUGGGCUACAUGCUGUUAUUUUAUAUGUUCAAUUACAAGGACAACAGUCGCAUAUAUUUUCUUAA